AUGGAAACGGAAAGUAUCUUGCCGUUACCUCGAACUCAUAUCAUCGGUAGUACUCAGCGUGUUCUCGUUGGUUGGAUAACUGAUUUAAACGAUUUUUACUUACAUCCAGAACUUUUUCGUGAAAAAUUAACCUCUCUCGAUGAAGAACUUUUAUUGACAUAUAACCAAUCGCAAAAACCGGAAGAUAAUACUCCAUUAACAGUCGGUGAUUAUUGUGCUUGUCCUUCAGAAGAUGAAAGUUGGUACCGAGGAGAAAUAUGUCAAAUAGAACCGAACAAUUUAGCAACUGUAUUUUUUAUUGAUUACGGAAACAUUCAACGUAUACAAAUCACCUAUCUGCGAAAACUUCAGAAAAAAUUUUAUGGAUUACAUCGUUUAGCGUUUCGUUGUUCGUUAUCCAAUUUAACAAAACCAAUCGAUGGAUGGCCACCAAAUAUAGUUAAUGAAUUCCGUGAUCGUUUGAACACAACAUUUUUGUUUUGUAAAGUCGUUUCUUAUAACGAAGUACGCGAUAUAUUCGAAGUCGAACUCUGUGAAAAGGGAGCUACAAAACCGAUAAACAAAGAUUUUGAGCAAUUUCAGAUGUUUCAUCAAAAGCAACAACAACAAGAUGACAGACAAAAAUCACAGCUACAAGCUCGUGUAGGGUCAUCUUUCUGUAAUACGAUGCCAAUACAUAAAUUUAUACCUAUGGAUAUUUUGGAUAAAACGUAUCUACACCAAGUUCAUAUUUUAUAUUAUAUAAAUCCGUGUCAGUUUUAUGUUUACUUGCCUCUAAAAGUACACGAAUACGCAGAAUUUCAAAUUAAAUUGCAAGAGGUAAUGAAAAAUUUACAAGAAAGUUUUCCGCAAACCAGUCAUGUAGCAAUUAAUCAAUUAUAUCAACCAGUUGUAGCUCAGGAUAAUCAUAGAAUUUGGCAUCGUGCAAUUGUUAUAGAUGCAGAAACAAGUCCGACUGACAUCUGUAUUUAUUUUGUUGAUGUUGGACAACAACAGUAUGUCUCACGUGAAAAUAUCAGACCGUUACCAAAUGAUCUUUCUCAACAACCUGCAUUUGCUAUACCUUGUCGUUUAUUUGAUAUUUGCCCUUUGAAUGGAACAGACAGAUCGCAAUGGUCACUGGAUGAUCCAUUACACGAAGAAUUUAAUCAGUUAAUGUCACAUUCUGCCAAUGCUAAAAUUAGAACUGUUCAAGAUAAAAUCUGUUAUGAAAUUGAUAUUGAAAUACCAAAAUUAGGAGAUCUAGCCACGUAUCUCGUUGCUAAAAAUUUAGCCUCCAGAAUAUCCAUGCGUUCACAGCAACAAUCAUCAUUUGCUGGUACUGGUCUUAGUUCACAAACAGUUUCCAGUAUUCAACAACAACUACCACCAGCAACAUCAUAUUUUUCUCGUACAUUAUCGCAAACUUUUGAUCAAUCACGUCAAACACAGCAGCAACCGCCACCGCAAUCGUCACAGCAGCGAAACAUCGAAGUAGCGCAUCAGCAAGACCGAUGGCCACAACAACAGAUGCAAAAUUUUAAUAUUGCAAUUGAAUUUUAUGCUUGUUCCGAACGCCGAUCAAAAGAAUUAGAAGCAUUCUCUUUUGAAUUGGAACAAAUUUACAAUAGUCAGAAUGUGGAUUUCUCAUUAAACAUGUCAUUAUAUUUGGAAGGUACAGUGUGUGCUAUUCAACAUGGUAGUCAUUUCGAACGUGUUGUUAUCAAACGUCGUGAAGGUGAAUCACGUGUACUUGUUCAAUGUUUCGAUCGUGGCGAAGAACUUGUUGUUGAUACAUCAGAGUUAUUAGCAAUUGCAGAACCAUAUUCUAGUGUACCACAAUUUGCACAACCAUUUCGAUUACGCGGUUAUGAUGAAUCAAAAGUAAAUGUAAAUCUGACGAGAAAAUUGAAAAAAAUGAUAUUAAAUCAACGUGUAAAUAUCGUUAAAUAUCCACCGAUGAUAAACAAUUUUUAUCCAGUGGAAGUUACAUUGCAAGAUUCCCAAUCAGUGAAUCAGUUGUUGUUAUCAAGCGAUCCACUUCCUUCGCCCAGAAUACCAAUGCAGCCGGGUGUACAGCAACAACAAAGUACAGAUUAUGACCUUUUACCACCAAAUGCGACAGUACCUGUGUUAGGUAAUCCACAGAAUUAUACAGGGCAUGAAUUUUCAAAUGAGGAACAACUAGAGAGAAUUGUAGAUGUAAUAGCAUCACCAUCAUCAUGUGAUGAAUAUUAUGAACGGACUGCAAAAUGGAGUGAUGAUCAUUACCAGCCGUACCAUUGGCAGCGUCAGCAACAACAACAAGCUGAUAAAACUGCACAACAACCUGGUAUAAAUCGUGAAAAUGAUAAUUCUACACCUAUGUCAACUACAGGACAACGUCAAUUAGGGCGCUUUAAUGCUGGACCAACGAGUCGUAAUGAGCAAAAUCAAGUACAAACACAGCAGUCUAUAAAAUUAGAUGAAUUAAAUUGUCUUCCACAACAACUGAACAGUGCACAACAAAAACCACCACAUUGGUCAAUAACACGUGAUAAGAGUAAUAAUCCAUCUACAAUACCUUCGGCAGUCUCUACACAAACGUUUCAAAAUCGUACAGUCUAUAAUCAGCAUGAUGCUGGGCAACAAUCAGCGUUAUUCUCGAAUGCUAGAAAUCAAGUUAAUAAUGUAAUAUCAACAAAAACAAAUGAAGAUGAGAAAUGGGAUGUUGAUACCAGAACAUCCCGUUCUGGCUUACGUAAUGAGACAACAACGCAGAGAGACGGCGGUCAAUCGGGAUUUAAAAAUAGUUUUAAUAGUAGAAAUAAUAAUGAUGAAAGACAGCAUGAAUCAGGUAGAGGAAGUUUUGGCAAUCGUGGUGGUUUUGAUCGGGGUGAUCGGGGACAAAGUGGAUUUAAUGAUCGUAGUAGCCGCGGAGGAUUCCAAAAUCGAUAUAAUCGUGAUGGCGAUGGCAAUGAGGGUGAAUCAACAAGUGUCGAUACCUAUCGUGGAAGUCGAGGAAGACUUAACAGUAGCGAUCGAGGAAAUCGUGGAAGUUACAAUAGCUCUCGGUCGUGGAAUGAUGACAGUGGAAAUAAAGAAGCCGAUGGUGGAGACGAAGGUGGAAAUAAUCGUCAUGGUGGAUUUACUAGUAGAGGUCGUCAAAAUUCUUUUGAGAGUCGAAGUCGAGGCAGUGGAGAUAAUGAAAGUGAAUUCACUGGCAUUGGAUUUCGUAAUACUCGCGGCUUUAACAAUGGUGAUCGAGGAUAUCGUGGAGGACGUGGUAGCUACGAAAAUCGUGAAGGUCGUGGUGGUUUUUCUGAUCGAGGAAAUUUUGGAGGUCGUGGCAGUCGUGAUUUUGAGCGUCGAGGACGUGGCGGUGGUGGAAAUACUUGGCAAAAUCAGAAAGACGGUGAGGGAGGACAAACAAGAUUUAGUGGUUGGAAACAAAAACCAUCAUCUGAUGACAGCACAACUGUAAAAGCAACUAAUUGGGAUGAUGAAUGUACAGAAAGAUUUGAAGUUGGUGAACGUUUUGACGAUUAUAUUUUACCAACCACGGAAAUCAAAUUUGUUAUUAGCCAUAUUGACACACCGAUUCAAUUUUUUAUUCAAAUGUUAGAAAAAUCCGAAGAAAUAAGUCAACUAAGUGAUGCAUUACAAAAAGAAUUUAAGGAUGCACCAUUGGUUAAUGCCAUGUCACUUAAAGCUGGACAAGUUUGUUUAUCAAAACAUACAGACAGUUGUUGGUAUAGAGCUUUGGUAUUAUCAAUAAAUGGAAAUAAAGCUCGUGUUAGAUAUAUUGAUUUUGGCAAUUGUAACGAUGUUGAUACGAAAAGUAUACGUCAAUUAGCAAAAAAACGUACAUCGCCCGCUCCAUUUGCUUAUCCAUGUUUGCUGAAAGAUACUCAAGCUGAGAAAAAUGUUGAUCUCAAUAUCAUUAUCAGUAAAGUUGAUGGUAAAGAAUUUCCAGGAACAAUUGAAUCACGAUUGAAUGAAAAUUUCAUACUCGUCUGUGAAAAUCUUACGAAUCUGUUGGAAAAUUUAAAAUUAAUCAAGUAUGUACAUCCUAGAAUUUUUUUUUUCUAGAAUAUAUAUUUUAUAUAAUAUAAACAUAAAAUAAUACAUUGGAAUAAUCAUCUAGAAUAAUAAAUAGAAAAUAUAUUAUUAGGCGAAAAACAUCUAUGUAUCAUAUUUAAAUCGUCGUUUUUAAUAUUCUUUAGUGUUCUUUGUUUUGAAAUAUUCCACUGGAAAAUUUUAUCAUACAGACGAAAGUUUGAUAAGAAGAAAAUUUUUUUAUUUUGAAAUGCAUUUAGGCCAAGGGGGAAAAAGCGGACUCCUGGACUCCUAUGAACUCCUAUGGACUCCUGGACUCCCAUGGACUCCUGAAGUCCAGGAGUCCAAGAGCAAAGUGUCCUUUUUUGGGAAUCACUUCCCAAAAAAGAACAAAAGUGUCCAAUUUUUGGGAAGUGAUUCCCAAAAAAGAACACUUUGCUCUUGGACUCCUAGACUUCAGGAGUCCA